UCAACUCUGUGUACAGUUGAUUUUUUUCACAUUUUCCAAUAAAUUCAUCCAGGUAAAUAUGUUUAUAAUAUUAGUUGAGCCUUUAGCCUUCGACACACAAAAGAAAUUUUGCACGAAUUUACAUUGUGUUCAUUAUCCACCGCCAUUUUGCAAAUAUGAGCGUUUGGGGAAUCUCGGGCUAGUUUUUUACAUUUGACAUGCUAACUUCAUAUAUUUGACGUGUAUAAGUGAUUUUUCGUGCAGAAUUUCAACAACACAAUAGUUUUUCAACAUUUCCUGAUAGUUUCGUGCUCCGAAAAAUUUUUUUAGUCAUUAUGCCGCGGUACUAUCCCAAACAAGAGAAAAUUGUUGAUUUCGACAACAUUUUGGAGGCGAUCAAGUCGGUGAAAAUACAUCACAACAGCGUUCGACAAUCUGCGACGGCACACAAAAUUCCGAGGACCAACCUGAUGCGUUAUAUUGCAGCAUUUGAUGGUGCGAGCAUCGACGUUACUACUGCCAAUGCCGAUGUAAUGAAGAAUUUGCUGGCUGAAAGCACGACGAUGGGCACAAAAACAAUCUUCAACAUCGAACAAGAGAAGGCGCUGAUAAGCUACAUUCUCCAGGCCAGCGACAUCAACUAUGGAAUUAGUUUGAUGGAGCUUCGUAAGCUCGCGUAUGAAUUUGCUCGGAAAAUUUGA